AUGGACUAUGCCUCCAAUGUCUGGAUGCACGCGCGCCGCGCGAGGGAAGCUGCCUGGCUCAACAAAGCGCAGUUGGUCGGGGCACAGGCCAUCACAGGAGCGUUUCGAACCGUGGCAACAGCUGUGGCCGAGGCCGAAGCCUGCAUCCCAACGGUAGAGGAACGCCACAGACUGGCCGCGACGAGGCUCUGUGUCAACCUUCGGACCCUUCCCGGAACACAUCCGCUGGCAGCGUUGAGGAACAAGGCAAGCAAACGGUUCCUGUCGCCAAUGCAGACCAUUGCUUCGUGGGUGACAACGGCGUCCACGGAUCGAAUGGAGAUUAUUCGCGAGUUUGCCUUACCGCCAUGGACCAGCCGCAUUCCCGUCUUGGGCAAAGACGACUUCGCGGAGGCCGCCAAGGCACCAGGCGAAGUCGAAGGCAUCAUCAUAGCAACGUCCAGCUCGAUGAAGAAUGGCAUGGUGGGAAUGGGAGGCGUGGUGCACGAUACGAGUAUCAACGGCGCAGGCGGAGUGCUAGCCAGCUACUCGGUCACUCUCGGAUCCAUAGACGAACAGAACCCGUACACGGCGGAGCUCGAGGCGGUGGCAAUGGCGCUGAGGUGCAUGCCGCACCAGCUUCCUUUCCGGGAUGUGACGGUCAUAUCGAGCAACCUAUCGACAUUAGCAGUGAUCAGGCGGCCUCGGCAGCAAUCCGGCCAAUGUACUGUUCGUGAGAUAUACGACCAGACCAAGCGCCUGCGGCAACGAGGAUGUUCUGUUAGACUCAUGUGGGUGCCCGCCAAGGACGAGGACUUUGCGCUGGGAGGGAUGGCCAAGGCAGCAGCGCAGAGAGCUACAAAGAUAGAUUGCAUAGCAGAGACAACAUCGUACCAAACAAAGUCCACAACGCUUCGUCUGGCGCUCGCGCAGCGACAGCCGCGGGGACGACUCCCGGAAAGUGUUGGGAAGUAUUCGAAACGUAUCGACACGGCGCUGCCGGGCAAGCAUACCCGUGCACUUUAUGACGCACUGAAAAGAAAAGAGUCAGAUGUGCUGGCCCAGCUUCGGACAGGCAUGACGCGGCUGAAUAGACAUCUCCACAGAAUAGGAGCCGUGGAAUCGGAAUUGUGUGAGUGUGGUCAGGCCACGGAGACAAUUGAGCACUUUCUUUUUCGAUGCAAGAAGUGGAUAAUGCAAAGGGAAAUCAUGAUCAAAUGCUCACGAACCAAGAUUGGAAAUUUGUCUUUCUUUUUGGGAGGAAAAUCUGCGGCGGAUGACGACAAGUGGAAACCAGAUAUGCAAGCCGUCCGUGCAGCCAUUGCCUUUACGCUGGCUACGAAAAGACUGGAUGCAGACCAGCGGCCAGCGACAAGAUAA